CCCAACAGCCGACCAAGCGAUACCCUGCCAGGCGCAGGCAAAGAAGUCGAACGAUAAUUGAGUUCCGGUCGGUGCACCGGCACGAUCAAACCAGCUCACUUCUAAGCGCUUCGUUUGCUUCCUUCCCGCACUGAUAACGUGAACACCUCGCCCCAACCAAACGCCCCACACGACCGUUCGAUGCUGGGAGAGUUUCACCGGAUAUUUGAGAAGACUGCCAUCAACGAUGACACAGUGAACUCUUUGCUGCGCCUGGUUGGAAUGCAGUUGAACGGAACGGCCGGCACCGUGACAAUGGCCGCCGCAUCGGAACCGCCCGAGCCGCCACCGCGGAAUCCGGACAAAAUUAACGCAUCGCUCAAGCAGCUCGCUGAAUCGAAAACACGUUCACUGGACACCGGCGAUAAGACGGGAGCACCGAGCACGACCAGCAACGGUGGCCGUCCGUUUCGACCGAUCCUAUCACUAGACAAUGCCAAACCGACCAAACCAUUCGAAGUAUCCGAACGUGGAACACCCACAUCCGCACCGGCCGCUUCAUUCGGAAGUACACCCGGAACCGACCACCAGUCGGCAACCGGAAGUAACCAUGCGGCUUCCGAAGCCGGUGCUAGUACUAGCGGUAACAAUAGCACCACCACCGCCAGCGGACAACGACAAUCGAACCAGCCACUGUCCUGCUCAUCGUCUUCCUCCGGUGAGGCGAUGGCAACGACGGCAAAUGGAACAGCUGGUGAAGCCAUCGGGCCACAUCCUUCCUCCUCCGGUAGCGGUGGCAGCUCGCAGGACAAAACUAAUCUCGGCCAGCAGCAGCAGCAGCAAAAGCAAAGCAGUCCAACCCUCGCAGGAGAAGGCGAUAAUCUCUUCAAGAAUGGUGUUAGCGACCUCGAAUCACCACAAACGACCAAAAUUCGACUGGAGAACGAGCGGUUGUCGGCAGAGAUUACGCGACUGAAAAAAUUGCUGGAAAACUCGCCCGACGGUGCAGUCGGUGGAAUUGAUCUGCUUUCCCAGAGCAACAGCUUCGAUGUGCAGUCGGCCGAGGACAGCAGCAACCGGAUGGAAAAGCUGGAAAACGAGCUACGAAUAUCGAAGGAGCUGAUUCAGAGUUUAAAGCUCGAACGCAAGAAGCUCCGCGCAGACAAGAACGAUCUGCUUUCCCAGGUCAAGCAGCUCUGCUCCUCGCUGCAGGAGAAGGAACAGGAGCUGCGCAACUUCAUCCGCAACUACGAGCAGCGAAUACGUGAGUCCGAAUCCAACUCUGCCAAACAAAACACGGACCGGGAGCGGGAAAGAUGGUCCCUGCUGAAACACGCACGGGACGAAGCCGAACGAUCAAUUGCACUGGCGGCACAGCUGAAUGCACGCGACCUGCAGCUGCAGCGCACGCAGGAACAACUGCAGGAAGCUCGCCGCCAGCUUUCCGGCUGUAUGUCGGAUCAGGAGAGUCUAGUGUCCGCCGCCCCACUGACACCACCAUCGGGACUGAUGGCGCACAAUGCGGCAGCACCCGCCACAACACCCGGCGUGGGGUACAGCAACAUUAGCGGGACGCCCGGGGAUCGUGGAUCGUGCAGCGCUGAUUCAGGUGUGAGAGACUUUGUUGCAGGGAGUAGCGAUCGGGAGAGUGCCGCCGGUGAUCUGAAUCUGAGCGAUGGUCCGUGUGAGAAUGGACCCUGCAUACAGGUGGAUUCGGAUUCGGUGUCCCUAGUGUCCAGCCAUCAUAAUGUGUAUCAGUAUGGAACGCCCAAGGAACGAAGCCCUACCCUAUCACCACUGAACGCCGGAGCCUACUCGAGGUCUGUUGAUAGUGCGGCCCUGUCUAGCUCUUACAGAUCCGUGGAGCAGUUGGGUUCGCCCGUGGACAAUGAAAACCAAACCUUCGCUCGAAGACUGCAGCAGCAACAAUCGGCCGGAGCUAUAUCUGCCUCCGGGAAAGCGCAAAGCACGGGCCUAACUGGACGUGCCGGUCGGGGCGGUACGUGGGGUAGCAUAUCGCGCGUCUUCGCCCGUAGCCGUAACCGCAACAAAAAUGCCCCGAUCGACACCGAGGCGACUGACUUCCAGUGGAGUCCCCUGACGGAGGAAGGCUACGCGGAGAAGCUGCGACUUCUGCGGGAAGCUUCCGCGAUGCCCAUGGAACGCUGGAGAGCUUCACAGGUGCUGGCCUGGCUGGAGGUAGCGCUCGGCAUGCCGCAGUACAGUGGACGAUGUGCGGAGAACGUCAAGAGCGGCAAGGUGCUGCUCGAGCUGAGCGACGCCGAGCUGGAAACCGGUCUCGGGACAACCCAUCCAAUGCACAGGAAAAAGCUUCGGCUUGCCAUUGAGGAGCAACGACGGCCGGAGCUGGUACGCUACCCAACCAUCGGCCAGCUGGGACACACCUGGGUAGCCUCGGAAUGGUUGCCGGACAUUGGACUGCCGCAGUACGCGGAAUCGUUCAUGCAUUCGCUCGUUGAUGCGCGCAUGCUGGACACCCUGUCGAAGAAGGAGUUGGAGAAAUAUCUGGGCGUUACCAGGAAGUUCCAUCAGGCGAGCAUAGUGCACGGCAUUCAUGUUCUUCGCAUCAUGAAGUACGACCGGCAAGCGAUUGCAAUGCGGCGCCUGCAGUCGGAAAACGUAGACACCGAUCCGAUCGUGUGGACCAACCAACGCUUUAUCCGCUGGGCACGCUCGAUUGAUUUGGGCGAGUAUGCGGAUAAUUUGAAAGACAGUGGCGUUCACGGUGGACUGGUCGUGCUGGAACCUUCCUUCUCCGGGGACACGAUGGCGACGGCCCUUGGUAUACCGCCCUCGAAGAACAUCAUCCGCCGCCAUCUGGCAACCGAAUUUGAGGCACUCAUCCUGCCAGCAAGAACGACCAUGGGCCAAGGAAUACGGACGGGAGGCGGAACGGUAAUACCCAUCACAAGCGGGAUUGGUAUGAUGUCCGCGACGGGCUGCGAUCGCCGUAAUACCGGUAGCUUGCGCUUUGCCGCCUGGAAAGGAUCACAGGGUUCGCUCACUAAGGCGUUCCGGAUGAGCGCCAACUACAAGCCGCGUGGCAGCAACGGUGGCGGCAGUGGUGCCGGUUCCGACAAGAACAGUGUCUACAGCUCGACCUCACCGACACCGUCGUUCAGCAGUAGCGAGGGCGGUAUCUACGCCACGGUCGGUUCCCUCCAGAGCCAUCCGGCCUUCUUCCAUCAUCUGCCACCGCCAACAUCCGCACCACCCCCAAUUCCUGGUAUCUCUGCCUCCGUGGGGCUGCGUUCGAUCGAUUCGAUGCCAGCGCCGGGACCGUCGCUCGAACGGGCCAGUGCCAUCGCCAACAAUCGCGUCAGUGCACCGCCGAUGGAUAGUGGCCAUGCAACACUGCCAAAGUAUGCGCAACAUCGACGGGUCAAGAGUAUCAGCGAUAUCGAGAUACCUUCCGUUGGGCCAGUGGGAUAGUGUGCGGGAUUAGAGUCGGGUUGACAGACGGAAGCGAACCGUAUUUAAGUAACUAUUUUUUUUUUGUUUGAACGAUGACAAUUUCCAACAACUCUGUUAGUUUGUACGAUUUAGUUGGAUCACUUUAAACGUCCCGUUGAGAGGAAAUUGGUCGGUUUGCUAUCACUAAACCAGUACUACCAGGAGCAGUGCCAGAAAUGGUACUCGUCACACCGAGAACUCGAUUGAAAGCUGACCACACAUGCAAACCCUUUUCAGCCACAAUCGAAUCGAGAAACCCUGGGGUUUGGUUUGAGGUUUAAAAGGAUUCGCGCUAUUGGAGGAUGAGCUGAACGAGGAUGACUUUCGUAGCCGCCUGGUACGGAAAGUCCGGUGCAGCUUUCGCGGUUAACCACAAACCCAUCAACGUUUUGUCAGCGCAACUCGUCUGGUUGAAGUUUGGUGGUCGCCCGACGGGUGCUAACUUCAUGAUACGGUGUACGGGUCCGCUGUCAACUUCCUACUUUUUUUGGCGCAACCUCAGCUCCAGCUCGUUAUGCUCAAUACGAUAUUCUCGUUAAUAAUAAUUUAAUGUGUUUCUAUUCUAAUAUUUAUUUGCUCCAUUGCAGUACAUAGUAAUUCUAUUUGGAAGUAAUUUCGUAGAAUUUUUCAGGAAGCAGGUGAAC